CCCGGGCACAGAGGGGAAGGUGCCUUUGCCAAACUACGGCUUUUCAGGUGCACGUCAGCCUCGAUUGCCACACAUUUCAUUACACAGCGGUUAUGCUUUCUAAAUGCGUGUGUCUGAACCUUCUUUCAUUGCUAAAAGUGAAGAUCGUUUGUUCAAGCACUUAUUUGAAGACUACCAGAGGUGGGUUCGUCCAGUGGAGCGCUUGAAUGACACAAUAAAAAUCAAGUUUGGCCUUGCAAUCUCUCAGCUAGUGGAUGUGGAUGAGAAAAAUCAAUUGAUGACAACAAAUGUGUGGUUGAAACAGGAAUGGAUAGAUGUGAAAUUAAGGUGGAAUCCUGAAGACUAUGCUGGAAUAACAUCUAUCCGUGUCCCAUCAGAUUCCAUUUGGAUUCCAGAUAUUGUGCUGUAUGACAAUGCAGAUGGACGUUUUGAGGGAACAUCUACAAAAACCGUGGUUAAAUAUGAUGGCACCAUUGCUUGGACUCCACCAGCAAACUAUAAAAGUUCCUGUACUAUUGAUGUAACCUUCUUCCCCUUUGACCUCCAAAACUGCUCAAUGAAAUUUGGGUCCUGGACUUAUGAUGGCUCACAGGUUGAUCUAAUUCUUGAAGAUUAUGAUGUUGACAAAAGAGAUUUUUUUGAUAAUGGAGAAUGGGAAAUAGUGACUGCGACGGGGAGCAAGGGAAACAGGACUGAUGGCUGCUGCUGGUAUCCUUUUGUUACAUAUUCAUUUAUAAUUAGGCGUUUGCCCCUUUUUUACACGUUGUUUCUCAUCAUCCCUUGUAUUGGACUUUCGUUUCUCACCGUCCUUGUCUUCUAUCUGCCUUCAAACGAAGGCGAAAAAAUUUCACUUUGCACUUCAGUACUGGUCUCUUUGACUGUUUUUCUUCUUGUUAUUGAAGAAAUUAUUCCCUCAUCCUCCAAAGUUAUCCCACUUAUCGGAGAGUACUUGGUGUUCACUAUGAUAUUUGUGACCUUGUCCAUUGUAAUAACUGUCUUUGCCAUCAACAUCCACCACCGCUCCUCGUCCACACACAACGCCAUGGCACCUUGGGUUCGCAAGAUAUUUCUUCACAAACUUCCCAAGCUGCUCUGCAUGAGGAGUCACGUGGACAGAUACUUUGCCCAGAAGGAGGAAACAGGAAACACGAACGGCUCGGAAUCCUCAAGGAACACCUUGGAAGCGGCUCUGGAUUCCAUCCGCUACAUCACGAGGCACGUCAUGAAGGAGAAUGAAGUUCGUGAGGUUGUUGAAGACUGGAAAUACAUUGCUCAGGUGCUUGAUCGAAUGUUCUUAUGGGCUUUUCUUCUGGUUUCAAUCAUUGGAUCACUUGUGUUGUUUAUUCCUGUUAUUCAUAAGUGGGCAAGUAUAAUAGUACCUACACAUAUAGGCAGUACAAAUGCAUAAAAGAUUUUUGGAGCUGUCUCCUGCUAAUAUGGCUCCAAAGAGUUUUGCAGUAGCUCUGUUUCCAUGCUCGUUCUUUGUAGGCACGUUUCUGAUAGAGUGAAAAAAACACAAACAUUCCAAAACUAGAAAAUGAGGAUUAUAUUAAAGCAUGGCAUUCCUAGGACACAUAGAAAUCAGUUUGCUUAUUGCCAGUCUACUAAGUUACUUCUAAGCCAGGUCAGAAUUAAAAGAACUUUCUCAAGCACUUGCAUGUAUGAUUUAUGAAAAAAGCAUACACUGACACCUACUGCAAAAUAGAAGGAUUUAAAUUUUUUUAAUGAUGAUCACUGUAGUCCAAUUAUUAAAUUACUAUAUAAACUGUUAUACAGAGUAUUAUAUUUGCAGUUACACAGUGGAGUUGCUUAUUUCGAUUUACUAUAGUAUAAAAAGGAGAAUUUUUAUCAGCUCUCUUUAAUGUGCUGUAAGAGUAAUUUAAAAUAAUAGAAAAAAUGCAAGUUAAACUUCCUGCAUGUCCAGUAUACAACUGAAAAUAGUGAUUUGGCCAUGUUUUGCCUUUAUAAAUUUUCAGUGGAAUUUGCUGCUAAAUUGUAGAUCUUGUCAGUUCUGUGAUACUAACAUGAACAUUCAAUAAGCCUUAAAAUGCCUAAAGCACAUGUGUAUAUUGAUGUCUCCAUCAGCUUUGGAAAGGAAGGCAAAGACAGUUCCCAAGUUGCACAAGGGCUGGAACAUUCAGGUUUCUUUAUCCUUGAUGAAGAAUUUGAUACAGUUUGUAACUUGCAAACUUGUUAAUUAUUUCCUGUCUUUGUGUGUUUCUCAGAAUUAAGUUUUUAAGCAGAGGUUUUUGAUUUUUUAAUUUUAAGGAAUCUGGGGGAAUGUCUUUCUGAAGGAAAGGUUGUUGAAUUAUUAUGCCAUUGAACCAGAUACAGAUGAUUAAGUUUUCACACAUUUGUUAAACUGAACUUAAGAGAGCUGCCUUCAGUAGGUUCUCUUGCUUAUAAAACCACAUGUAACUCUUAAGCAGCAAGGACUUCAGCUUUCCAUUCUUUCUUUUUCCUGAGAUUGUUGAAAACAAACUUGCAAGUUUUCAAUUAUUCCAUUAAAGUCUAUUCUUUACGUUGAUUCCAACGCUACCUUUCUUCCUUUCUUAAAAGGUUUAUUUGUGGAAAAGACUAAACUAGUUGAGUGUUUUCCCACACCAAAGUUUUGUCAGUGCUCUUCAAAAUGUAGUUGUUAUCCUGUAGGACUAGCAGAGCAAUGCCAAGCUAGAGCAAGUCUGGGGAAGUUUUUGUUUGCUUAAGUUACUACCUUAAUAAUAACAGGUGUAGAUGAGAAGUUUUAAUGUAAAUGGUGGUAUCUUCGAUAAUAUAAGCUUUUAUAGUGGUUAUAAAUUUGAAAACCAGACACAUACUCCCCACACACCCCCCAGAGCUCCUUUAGAAUAGCCCUGUUUGAUUAUAAUAGUGAUUGCUUAUGCCAUAACUUAUAUAUAACUGAAUAUUUAAACUUAUAUAUAACUGAAUAUUUAUUUCAGAUUGUCUUAAGCUGUAGGAUUUUUUUGUGUUUUUAAGGCUCACAGGUGGAGAAAUGAUGCCAGGCAAGCCUUUUUUUUUUAAUAACAAUUUAUAAAUAAUUCUGAUUGUAAAGGGAGUUACUCUUCUUCAGCUACCCAGUUACAUUUGGCAUUGGAUAUCUGUGUUUCCUCUACUGCCAUCAUAAUUUUAAAGGUGAGCUUCAAAGAUUACCUGUUUUAAUCCAUUAAUAUAAGAAUUUUAAAUUCCUUGGUAUUACUAAGAUUAAACAAUGCAUCAGUGACUUCUCUGUGUGGAAGUUGCAGGAAUACUUUAGAAAGCUUGUUUCCUGUUCAAACACAAAAUUUCCUUUAUAGUCUUCCUUGGGUUUGAAUUACUGAAAUUUACUCUUACCCAAACAGAAAGCAAAGUAAGUAAAAAAGUAGAUUAUAAAUAUAUAUAUAUAUAUAUAAUUUUAUUAACUCUCCACCUUAUCUCUUUCCCCUUGUCAAGUGAUGUCUGUAGACUGCCCUGAUGGGCAGCACAUUGCCCAAUGGAGUCACAGUCCUUAUAAUAAUUCCCAAUUUUUGCAAAUGCAUGAAUUUCUUUUAGUCACUUCCACAGUCUGAUCAUGGUAGAUUUAGAGCUGACCCUGGAAUCCUUGGGGUCUGCAGCUUAUCAGGUGUGUCUGAAACAAGAGAAUGUUAACAGACUCAGAGAAAUGCACCUUUAUCCUGUAACUUAUAAUGAAUGUAUUGAACUGUAGGCAAUGCUACCUUAUCUAGGUUUUUGUUACUUGGUCAAAAUAAAUGGAAAAAAAGGCACCAUU